AGGCUACAGACAGAUCCAAACCUUUGCAUAGUUUAGACGUCAUCGCCUGCGUAGCGAGUUCGUUAGAUACGUAUAUAACUAUUCCAUUAAUCCAAAUUAGUGUGGGAAAGUCGAUAGCUCUCUGCCCUCGUGUAUUUUGGUCCAGGGUGCGCCUGCCGCCGCUGACCAAUCGCUGCCUCCAGAACAAGCCGGUUCCGUCACUUCCAAGGGCGGGUCGGCAUUCAUGUGUCCUGGUGCCAAAGUUAUCUCUCUUACUCACCAUUCCUUUAACAUUUGCAGUUCGCCCGCUUAUAUGUACCCGGCUGCGCUUGGAUAAAUACUCGCGUAGUAGAGAGCUGAGCGUUCGCUCACACAAGAUUAUACCAGGCUCCAAGCCUUGUUACCGCAACGCAACUUUCCUUAAGGAAGAAAAAGGACCACCAAUUUGGAAUAACAUCGCUCCAAGGCACCCUUAACGGGAAGGAAAUAUGUCGGGCCGCCAAGUACAGAUUACCUCGUACAAAACAAGCUCCGGUGGUGGAAGACCAGGGGAGGUGUCUCAGACCAGCGAGCGCCAUGUGUACAGCUCGUCUUCAGAGUCAUACGUGAAGGAGACAGGGUCCAUGAAGAUGCGGGGAUCCUACAAUGUCCAGUCCUCCAGUUUUUCAUCCGGGGGUUUCGGAGCUUUUAGCCAAGGAUUCUCCGACGACUUCCCUAGCUUAUCCAAGGGGUUUGGACAGCCUUUUGGCUCUGAGGGCUUCUCCAAAAUGUCUAAGAUUAUGUCCUCAGCGGGCGGCAGCCUGUUCCUGACGCCGUCCAGUAACAGCACUGUGACCCUGGUGAGGGCUGAGGGGGCGUGUCUGAAGCAGGCGUAUGUGGGAGAACUCAGCACAUUCAGUGUGGACUGUAGCAGAGCAGGAAAAAGUGCAUUGGUGGUGGGUAUGAUGGGUCCAACAACACCGUGUGAGGAGCUGGACGUCAAGCACAUCGGAGACAACAAGUAUGUGGUGUCCUUCAAGGCGUGCGAGAAGGGCCCGCACUCCCUGGCAGUACUGUGGGGAGACGAACAUAUUCCAGGAAGCCCAUUUGACGUCACAGUUUUCUAAAUAGAUAUUUGUUUCCCGGAUGUCAUUGACGACGAGCUGACAAUGUUUUUUUCUACAUGUAACAUGUACCACGGAAGCAGCACACAUAUUUAUCUGGAAAACAGUUGGUAUUCAGAACUAUAACUUAUAAAUCAACGAUAUACGUCUAUAAUACCGUAUGAAACUAAAUGCGUAUUAGAGAUGCAUACACAAUUCUUUUUUUUGUCAACUUUUUUUUUGCGAAAUGCUGAAUUUUGAUGAGUUCUUAAACUUAUUUUCGUUCUCGUUGGCAAUGAUUAAGAGGUAAAGCUUGUACAGGUUUUAGUUAUAUGGAAGAUCAUUUGAGGAUGAUCUAGGCCAUUGAUGCAAAUGUUCGUUACUGAUUAGAUAUCGAUUUUGAUUGUUUUAGCACUUAACUUGAUAAUAUAAUUUGUACUUGGUGCCUGAUGAUACAAUCAUAUUUACGGCGAAAGAAUGAAUGUUACGAUCUGAUUAACAUGAAUGAGCUGAAAGAUUUUUGCCUUGAUGAUGGAAAGCUUAUAGGAUCGAUACCGUAACGAUCUAGCUCAUAAGGACGUGCAAGUAGAGAGAGUUUGUAUAUAUACAAAGAGGGAAAGAUAAGAGAAAAAUAUGUAUAGCAAUGUAACAGACUUUCGUAUUCUGUCCAACUGGUAAUGGAGAACGAAUGUAUCAUGAAAUGUGGUGGUCACAAAAAUA